AUGGCGGAAUCGGACAACAAAUUCACGAUCAGACUCGCCGAGAAGGGCAUAGAGAAAGCAAUCAGCCGGAAUGAUCUUGUCGCUGUAAUAUCUAAUUCGGAAAGCUCUCCUUCGACCAUCAUCUACGUCGAACAUGACGGGAGCGAUGCUACAGCGCCUCCGAAGGUGAAGAUCACCAAGGGCGAGGCAUUGGCGACCGCCCAUCCGCCCGACACGAGCGACGCCGAGACUCACAUCGUCAUAUCCACGGGCUCCGGGACAAACAAGGCGAUCACGUUCUACGACGAAGCCGUAAAACCCGUGCUGGAGACCCUCUUCCCGAAAGGACACGGUAACUUUCUGAUACAUCAUACCGAGUCGGCCUCAACUAUAUUGGACCUCACCAACGACAUUUUCUUCCCGACGGCAAACGCUGGCAUCACUCUGCGCAUCAUACUACUCUCAGGAGACGGCGGCGUUAUCGACCUGGUCAAUGGCUUGCUAUCGAAACCGUGCUCUGCCGAGUACAAAGCGCCACUAGUCUUCCUGAUACCGCUCGGCACUGCAAACGCCCUGUACCAUUCAAGCAACGCGGGGAGAGAAAACACAUGGGGGCUCAGCACUUUAGCAUCUGAGAAGUCGAAGCCGUUACCAAUCUUCACGGCGUCGUUCUCGGCGGGUGCACGCCUGCUAGUUGAUGAAGCUCGAAGGGAAGAAGAGCUACCGAAGGAUCCUUCCACUCAGCACCCAAUCCUCCAUGGCGCUGUUGUCUGCAGUUGGGGCAUGCAUGCAUCGCUGGUUGCUGAUAGCGAUACUGCGGAGUACAGGAAGUUCGGCAUCGACAGGUUCAAGAUGGCUGCCAAAGAGGCGUUGUAUCCUGCUGAUGGAUCACCACCACACCCAUACAAGGCGAAGGUCUCAGUACUAAAGGGCGAAGACUGGAAGCCGCUCAAGGCAGAGGAACACAUGUAUGUGCUAGCAACCAUGGUCUCCAACCUUGAGAAACCCUUUACAAUCUCCCCUGGGUCGAAGCCAUUAGACGACACUCUGCACUUAGUGUACUUCGGCCCGACGAACGGAGACGAAGCUAUGAGGAUUAUGGGUCUAGCCUACCAGGGCGGGAAGCACGUCGAAGAUCCCAUGGUCCACUAUGAGGCCAUAGAUGGAUUGCGGAUUGAGUUUCAGGGCAAGGAAGAGGAUGAUAGAUGGCGUCGCAUCUGCGUGGAUGGCAAAAUCGUCAGAGUAGAAAAGGGUGGCUGGGUGGAGUUGAAGAAAGAGGAGAGACGGGUUCUCGACAUGGUUGUCGAUUGA